AUGAAGAUUACAUUGAUUACACUGUUUUCAGCGGCGGUUGCUGCUUCUCUCGCCGAGGCUGUCCCGGCACACCAUCCCAAAAGAGAUGUAUUGAGAAAGCCCAAAUACUAUUUCCCGCAAGUGGUCAAGAGACAGGUGACUGGCACCAACUCGACCGAUUCCUCCAGCAACGCGGACUCGGGCUUGGGCUCUAUCAUUUCGACCAUCGCAGACGUUAUCUCUAACGUAGCCUCCGACAUUGCCGGAGACACUUCUACCAAGACAGAUGCGACGACGACCGGCACCAAAACCGAUUCUGCAACCGUUACUCCCAACCCUGCGGCAACCUCGUCCGUAGCCACCAGUUCCGAUAUUACACUGGGCCGAGACACGGUGAUUACGGAUACCGCGACCACUACAGACAAGGCAACGAGCACCAGCACCCAAGAUCCGAACGCGGCCCUAUCAUCCGCUAGUGAUGCUGCUUCUUCUAUACUGGACGUUGCGAGCUCCAUUCAAUCCGUUGCAUCAACAGCCUCGGAUCUGGCCUCGAUUUCCUCGGCACUGUCUUCGGCUCAGGCGGCAGCCUCCUCAAUUGCCUCAGAUGCAAGCAAGGCAGACGAGGCCCUGACCUCGACCGAUACAACAACAAGCCUGCCAACGGGUUCGGAUAUCCUGGACACAACCACCGCCACUCCCUCUGCGAGCGCAACAAUCACGCCUCCACCGGACACCACCAGCAAUACGGCCUCACAGACCCAGUCUCGCUCAGAUGACAAUACGGCGUCCGACGACAACAACCCCAUUACAACAACACCAACGGCCACACCCACUGACAAGCCAAGUGACCCUAUUUCCACAACACCGACAACACCGCCUGUCGACACACCCACGGACAACCCGAUCACCACUACGCCGACAACAACGCCGACCGUAGUCACAGACCCUCCGAUCACCACAACGCCAACCAUAGUCACGGAUCCCCCGAUCACCACGACGCCGACCACGACGCCAACCGUAGUCACAGACCCUCCGAUCACUACUACGCCGACCAUAGUCACGGAUCCCCCAAUCACCACGACUCCAACCACGACACCCACAGGGCCCACCGAUUCACCGAUCACCACGACACCGACUCCUGACCCAGGCAAUAAUAACAACGACACCGUGUCAACACCACCUCCUGUUAGCACAACGCCCACGCUGACUCCGGAAACGCUGCCAACUGAGACACCCACCACACCCCCGGCGUUUGCAGGAAACUUGACAAGCACAGACCCGGUCACCACGCUUCCAACCACCUCGGCUCCUCCUACAAACACCAUCCAACCGACUGGAACGGAUUCCAUGACCACUUUGAUCCCAGAUUCGAGUAUCAUCACUGCAACUUCGACUGCUCCUACAUCCGGAUCAUCUUCGACCAGCGCAGCUGUCAUCCCGACUUCUCUCCCCAGUGUCAUUCAACCGGAAGGAGGUAUUCCCCCAGCACCGGAGAAUUCCACUCUGAUCCAACUCGGGUUCACCUAUGGUCUCAACUACCAAUUCGUGGUGUCUUCUACAACAGCUGUCUCCCAAAUCUUCUCUUUCAUUCCUCCGGGGGUUGGCGGUGGAUUGGACUUGACCCUGGACGAUGUUGUGAUGCAAUAUCUUCAACCUUACAAUACAUUGGACACCGUUGGCUAUAUCACAACACUUGCAAUGGCGUAUAUACCCGAAAGCAAGGUUGAUCUGCUCUCUGUGCUCAUCUUGAAUCCAAACUCGGGUCUUUUCCACAAUGAUAACCCUUCGGUCACAACAUUGAUGAGCAUGAUUGACCCUUCUAUUCCAAUAUUGGCCGGCUCUACUAUGCGCAAUGGUGGAACUCCCGUCAACUCUGCAAACAAUCCAGCCACCACCUCGGGCGCUGGCUCCGACGAUGGUGGAGCCCCAGGCUCCAGUGACACUAGCUCCGGAGUUCGACCAUCUUCUGUUGGAAUUGCUGUUGGUGCAGUUGCUGGCGCAACAGUCUAUGGAGCAGCCAUGUUUCUCGUUGCGAGACGAUACAAGAAAAAGAAGGCAGGCCACCAAAGAUCAAGCAGCCUCCACUCCGGCGCCAGCAGUCGCCCAGGCGAGCAGUCCAAUUUAAUGAUUGCAGGUGGUCGUGGCAGCUACGGUACUAGAACAAAUGGUCGAACGUCACGCAAUAGCGAUCAUAGUAACUCAAACCGCAGCGGACGUACCUAUAUCAGUCCGCCUGUGAUGGCUGAGAACAGCCUGGGAUGGAACUGA